GGGGGUGUAAGUCUCGCGCAUUCUCAUUUCCGGUGUCCAACUUCCGGUGACAAACAAACCAAUCGGAGGACCGGUUAUACAAAGCAGUUGCGCUACGCCACAUACGUUCCUAUUCGCCCGCCAAUGAGACUGUUGCCAAGUCGUUCUAACCGCGGGAAAUUUCUAACGGUAAAAGCAUGGUUAUUUGUUUCGUGUUUGGGUGUAAUCACCGAAGCAAUAGGGAUUCCUGCAGCUUUUUCAGGUUUCCGGACAAUAAACGAAGCCUAUGGGGUCGUCUGUCAAGAAGGCUCGACAGAUACCCAACAUCCGAGAAUGACAGGAUUUGUUCAUGUCAUUUUGAAGGUGGCACAAAGGAUGGUGAUCCCAUAUUUUUCCCCCACAACAAAGGAAAACUGUUUCAGUUCAAGGAUCCCAAACCACAGAGAAAAAGGAGUGUGCCUUUGGAGUGCAGUGAUGUACCGGCAAUCCCACUGGCUCAGAGUCCUGAUGUCCAAGCUGAACCUGAACACAAUGGAAGGACGGAUGUAGUAAGUAUUUUUCAUGUGAUGGAACAUGGUUACGCCAUACAGUGUGGAGACCAGUGUGUGGGGAAGCUGACUUCGUUAACCACUGAAGUCCAAGACUUGAAGGCCACAAUCAAGUCCCUAGAGCAGGAAAUCCACUCCUUAAACCUAAGGCGUUCAACCUUUUCUAUCAACGAUAUAAGUGGCAGUGAAGAAAAGAUGCUACUCUACACAAGCAUACCCUAUGAUGUCUUCGAGAUCAUCUGCUCCAUGCUGGAACGCUUCGACCUCAACUACUAUGCUGGAUGGAAACCAUCAAUUGUAUCCUUGGAAAAUCAGCUUUUGCUAACUCUCAUGAAACUUACCAUGAACAGCAAAGAUCUCGAUUUGGCACAAAGAUUUCAAAUCAGUCGUGCUACGGUGUCCAAUAUCUUCAAUACCCUCAUCCAUGCUUUACAUGAACUCUUUUCAGGUGUUAUGGAUAACUACAUGCCCAGUCAGACUAAGUGUAAAGGCAGCAUGCCCAAGUCUUUUGAAGAUUUUGGUAGUGCUAGGGCAUCUAUCGAUGCUAUAGAGAUGUCUCAGGAUAUCCCCAAAGACCUUGACUGUCAAAAUAGAGUGUACAGCAACUACAAGUCCCGCCAUACUGUUAAAGCUGUGACAGCUGUGGCACCUAAUGGCGCUCUAACAUAUUGCACCAGUCUGUAUCCUGGGUCAACAUCAGAUGUAGCUAUUGUUAGCCAUUCAAAUAUGUUGUCUUCUUUCAAACCAGGUGAUCUUAUUUUAGCUGAUAAGGGUUUUACUAUUCAUGAAAUGUUGCCACCAGGUGUAAGUUUAAAUAUCCCUCCAUUUCUGUCAGGUAAGUCUGUUUUCACAAAAGAGGAAGGUAAAAUGUGUUACAAGAUUGCAAGAGCCAGGAUACACGUAGAAAGGGCGAAUGAGCGCAUUAAAAACUUUGAUAUUCUAAACCACAUUCCUGCAAUUUAUCGCCCUAUCUCAAGUAAGAUUUUUCAGGUUUGCUGUUUUUUGAUAAAUUUGCAAGCUCCAUUACUCAAAGAAAUAAAUAAAGAUUGA